GGACGCGUCUGCUCUUUCCCUUCCGCUUCUACGUCACCUUUCUCUCUCUCACACACACACACACACACACACACACGCACACACGCACGCACACGCACAGGCACGCACACGCACACACACAACACACACACGCGCACACACAACACACACAACACACACGCGCACAGAGUUGGGCGGGAUAGGUGUGUGCUCAGUCUCAGCGUGUACUGCCGGUAGCGACCCCACACAGGCGAAGGGAUCGAAACUUUUUCUUCCUGCAGAACUGGACCGCUAAAAUGACAAUGACGGCUCGCAUGGACAGAUUUAGAUUUGGGCGAGGUCCGCUGUUCCGGUUCUAUUGAUAAGGGGCGGGGUGGGCUACAAAUGGCGCCGUUUUUUUCUUAUGUUGACGCGAGUCAGUUUGUGCAGACAACGUCAGUAAGGAAGGCGGCAAGUUGAACGCGAAGUAAAUCGACUUUUGGAAAUAGGCGGGGCCGUUCUCAUCCUACUGGUAGUACCCUCUGCUGAGCACGCCCCCGGAGUCCGGAACUACCCUAGGCGGGCGGGCCUUUCCUGUGCGCAUCUGCGCAGGGAUUGUGAAGGGACGGAGGCGGCAAGCAGUGAGAGUGGUCAUUCAUUGUCUUGCGCGGGACUCGUCCUGUCCUGUGGAGCGUCAAGUUAGAGACGUGGUAGUACUAAAGUAGUGUCGUGGAUUCAUCCCUGCCUGCAUCCUGUCCUUUUCAUUCAUGCGAUAGAAGCAGCGCGCUGAUCACCCUCAUCGUCGUCUGUCGAGCAGGUCUUGUGUGUGGAUACUGAUCACCCCCAUCCGCCCUUUUGCAAAUUCUCUCAAAUUCACCUUUCUGCGCCUACCUACCGCUACUCCUAAAGGGUAUACCGGGGACGCCUGCAAGCACGGGCAUCUAACUCUCAUGGUAAAGCGGAUCUUUUCCAGAGAAAGGGGUUUUUUAUUAUCCGGGAUUCUGAAGGGUGUUUGCUUUUUACUGUGAAGAUCGUCGAAGGAUCGGCCGGGGGAAGAAGGGAACCGGGCGAUGUGUAUUGUUCGGUUCUUGGAGCGAUCGUGGCGGCCAUCGGAAGAACCUCUGACGGCGUACUCGCACGAUGACUUUUCCCACAAAGCUCUGGACGUGAUUGCAGUCAGAUUCAUCCAUCCUGGUCUUACCGUCAGUCAGAUUCAUCCAUCCUGGUCUCACCGUAAUUGCAGUCGGAUAUGCAUUCUGAAAAGUGCUUCGGUAGUGUGAGUACGCGCUGAGGAUCGACAGCGGGAAAUACAACCCCGAUCAAUCCGAGCAGGGGUAGAGGUAGAGUAGUAUGAUUAGUAGGUAGGUAGGUAGGUAGGUAGGUAGGUGGGCAGCAGGAGUGAAGGUCUCGCAAGCCAGCGCGCGAGGGAAGGGGUUGAUUUGUGUGAUCGUUGGGUAGGUGGUUGGUUUGUCAGGCUGGAUUCGCUUUCUCUGUUUCGGCCGGUGAGGAUGAUGGACGAAAGGUGGUCGUCGAUUACGGACGGGCGGGGACAGGGGCGUGAGCAGCCAUCGCCACGUUCUCCUGGUAGCCAUGCGAGAUCGACGGUGCAAAUAAGAAUUAUGUCCGCCGGAGAGACCAUACCAGGUCAGACAUCGCCUGCGACGGCCCGUGGUCGGAUUUGGGCGCCCGCCACCUCCACCCCGACUCCGCCGGCUGAGAUGGCGGAGACUCCGUUGUCGUCCCCCGAUCGGACCCAUCAGCCGGAUCGGCCCGAUGAGCUAAUAGUUCUGCAGUCGCCCAAAGCUCCUCCUUCGCGGCCGAGAAGGGGGUCCACGACGACGACCAGUCCUUCACAACCACCAGCAGCGACCACCAAGGAGCACUCUGGUGGUGGCUGGUCGAAGAGGGUGAUUAAAUUUGGCAAUGCCUGGUGGUCGAAAUACGGUCCCGGGGGGAACAUUAGCGGCGGGAAGACGUCGGGGGGGGGAAGGGCAAACAGCGAGAAGAAAGGCGACGUCGUCGUGGCGCCUCCGAUGACGGGGACAGCCGGAUCCGGACCGCGAUCGAAGGUGGAUGGGAGAGGGAGGGAACGGAAGCAGGAGCGGCAGCAGCAGGAGCAGCAAAAGCUGCUGCCGCCGCAGCAGCAACGGCAUCAGCCUGGGAUCGCGGCGGAGCCUGUGGAGAGACUGGCUGCUUCCCCAGCUCGGUUUGCCUCGCCUGAUAGGAGGACCUCUCACGGAGCCGGGGAGUCUGAUGCUGCUGUUGCUGGCACGUCCCCCCCUUCCGCUGCCCCUCAGUUUGCGCGGGGGGAGUCGUUGACAAUCGACACGGUUGAAAGGAGGCCAGGUGGGGAUAUCGCGGUAACAGCUAGUGGCGGCGGCGGUGGCGGUAAUCAUCAUCUCCUCCCCGGCUCCUUCCCCCGCCCUCGGCUUUUGGCCAAUUACGGAAGCAGUAGUGGUCGAGCUAUAACUUCUUCUGAUAGGUGUCCAUCCUCUGAGGAGCUUGCCGAGGACGCCCGCAUGAGGGAGCUAAGGGCCGCUUUUGAUAAGUUCGAUAAGGAUCACGACGGAUUUAUCACCCCGACGGAACUCGGGGAAAUGCUGAGGUCUCUGGGAGAUGAAGCGACGGACGAAGAUCUGGCGUUUAUGAUUCAGGAAGUGGACAAGAACGGCGAUGGAGUGAUUGAUUGGGACGAGUUCGUGUCGCUGAACACCGUGGAUGCAAGACAGAGAGAGAGAGAGCUGCGGGCGGCGUUUGGAAUCUUCGAUCAGGACAAGAAUGGAGUGAUAUCGGUGCAAGAAUUGUACGAUGUUCUUCACAGACUUGAUUACAACUGUAGCAUCACCAUCGAAGAAGUGGAGGAAAUGAUUAGAAAGGUGGAUUCGAAUGGGGAUGGAGUGGUCGAUUUUGAAGAAUUCAAGAAGAUGAUGGAGAUUGACAUCAGCUUAAGCAAUGGAUUGAGUGGCUGAUUCCUUUGAUUGAUUGAUUGAUUCAUUCAUUCAUUUCUUGAUUCAUUGGUCACAGCCAAGUUGGCGUUGAAAAUGAUACAAACGGUGGAUUGAACGGGGACAAGGUCGUCGUCGAUUACCUGGAAUUCAACAGGAUGAUGGAGAUGGACAGCAUCUAUUAAAGGAGUGGAUUGGUUGGUUGAUUGAUUCGUUGAUUGAUUCAUUGAUUGAUUAAUUGAUUGAUUGGCCGUAGCUUGGUUGAUUGAUUCGUUGAUUGAUUCAUUGAUUGANUCAUUGAUUGAUUAAUUGAUUGAUUGGCCGUAGCUUGGUUGAUUGAUUCGUUGAUUGAUUCAUUGAUUGAUUAAUUGAUUGAUUGGCCGUAGCUUAGUCGAUUCAAGCAAUCGAUGAUCAAGCAAAUUGAUCAAGUGAUCGAUCGAUCAAUCAAUCAAUCAAUCAAUCGAUCAAUCAAUCAAUCAAUCAUGAAUGAAUCAAAUCGGUGGGACAUUUGAUUACAGCAACAACAUCAUCACUCUAAUUUGAGGGGUAGUGUCGUGGACUGCCUGGAUUUUCAUUGGAUGGGUUUGGUUUGUUAUAUACACAAUUGUUGGUGGAAUUAAAGGAUUGUUGUGGUAAAAAAUGCGAAACAUUAUCUUGAUUUCGUUUACGAGAAUGUGCGGAGGAUAUUCUGAGUGUGUCUCUUACUGUCCUUCCACUACUCGUUGUCCAAAUAAUUCUGUUUCUUUUUCUCGAGGACAUGAGAUCCCUGUCAUUACAGCUUCAGUCAAUUUACCCUGGGUAUCUAUCCAUCCUUGCGUUUUCCUCUUUUACUUUGUUUGUUUGUUCAAUCCUUUCCCGUCUUUUAGAACGCGAAAAUCCCUCCCUUCUCCUUGUCAUCCUCCUCCCCCUCCUCCUCCUCUUCCUCCUGCUGAUCCUCCUGUUCCUCCUCCUCCUUCCCUUUCCCAAUAUAUUUCCUUCAUCUGGUUAUGACGGCGGCUAGUCUGGGGAGAGGGGCGGGGGAGAAAGGAGGGGGAUAUCAUCCUUACUGUAUUACGCACAACACCAGUGACAGUCGGCGAGAGGCAAGAAGUGGUCGACAGUCAGAGAGAAGAGGGAGGAGGUGGUGCGCCCGGCUCGCACACGCUGGACGUUGGACAGGAGGAGGAAGCAUUAAUUGCUGAUCUUCCCCGGUGUGUGUUUUUGUGUGUUUGUGUGUGUGUGUGUGUGUGUGUGUGUGUGAGAGAGAGAGAGAGAGAGAGAGAGAGAGAGAGUAGGGGCAAACAGAAUUCCCCGGGGUAGUCGUAAUUAUCGUCAUGAUCGCCAUGUUGAUGUCCGUGCUGUUCAUAUGAUAUUUGUGUUGAUAUGGUAAUUAACACAACGACGACGACGAUGAUGAUGAUGAUGAUGAUGAUGAAUGACGACGAGGGAAUGUUGUGCGAAGGGCAAUCCCGACGGUUGGUCAUUAGUGAAUGGGAGGGAUCGCGAUCUACUGACUGGGUACCGGGAGUAGCUUGAUCGGUGCAGAUCUGGAGAUGAUGAUGAUGGGAAUGAUGAUCUUGAUGAUCGUAAUGAUGAUGAUGAUGAUGAUGGUGAUGAUGAUGAUGAUGGGGGUAAUGAUGAUGAUGAUUCUAAUUAUAAUCAGGUGAUUAUGGGUUCAUUUUUUCAGAUUGCGAGCCCCCGUAGUGGAGAGAGUGGUAGUCAUAUUGUGCAUAAUCAAGAAGAAAGCUGGAGGAAGGUGGGGGGGGUGGAAGGAGGGGGGGGGGGAAGGACUCGAUAAUCGACUGCAGUAUUUGUACAGUUGGUUCUCUCGCCCUUGGGCUCGGUCGUUCUGUAUGUCCGUUUGAUUGAAAUAGGACUGAGAGGCCUUGAGUAAGGGGUCUGAGAAAAGAAAGUGAACGAAAAAAGGAGAGGAAGUAAUUUCAAAUGAAUGGGCAAGGAGAGG